AUGAAUGUCCUGCAAGCCAACAUGCUCAGAAGUAAAACGGCUGACGCGCUACUGACACAGAUGAUCACUGAGCGGCAUUAUGACCUUGUAAUCAUAAGCGAACAGUAUAAGAAAAAAGAAAACGGGAUCUGGAUAGAAGACAGCAGUGGCACCGCUGCUAUAUGGGCUCCCCCCGGAAGCAGCAUGCACGUCUCUAAAAAAGGACAUGGAAACGGCUUCACCUGGGCCAGAUACCACCAUAUAAAAAUAAUAAGCUGCUACCUGACACCAAACGAUAGCAUACAAGACUUCCAAGAUAAACUCGACGAUAUCGAAGAUACGGCCAUGAACUUGGAAGGACCCUUUCUGAUGGCAGGAGACCUAAACUCAAGAGCCACGGAGUGGGGGAUGCCAAACACGGACUCCAGAGGCAAACGCGUGCUAGAAAUGUCAGCCCGACUCGGAUUUAUAGUUCUAAAUACUGGCGCAGCAACAACCUUCCGAAGACCAGGAUGCGAGGAAACCACGCCAGACAUCACACUAGCAUCAGAAGGCAUAGCAGGCACCAUAAAGGAAUGGAAAGUAUUGGAAGAUUACACUGGUAGCGAUCACCAAUACAUCUCUUUUAUAAUAGACUCCAAAAACGAUGGUUUACGAAAGAAGAUGCAAUGUAGCACUCGCAAAUGGAAUGUCUCGAAAUUAAAUAGUGAAGCACUACUAUCUGAAAUAAAUGCGCAUGGCUCAGAAGAAUCCACUCACAAUAACGCAAUGGAAAUAGUAGAGACUACAAUGAAAAUGAUCUCCAGAGCCUGCGUACUUACACCAGGGCCAGGCGUAGAAGCGCUGCAAUCGAAGAGGCACAACUAUACCAAGCUGCUAGAAAAGAACUCAAACGAGCAAUCGAGGCCAGCAAGAACAGAAAGUGGAAAGAACUGCGUGAGGAAAUAA